AUGGGCAAUAUGAGUUAUUCCAAUCCCCAGGACAACCAGCAGGCUAAGCCUGUGGUCCAGCCAUGUCGUUACAAGACGGGAAAGACGCUCGGCGCGGGUUCGUAUUCCGUGGUCAAGGAGUGCGUGCAUAUUGAUACGGGAAGGUAUUAUGCGGCGAAAGUCAUCAACAAGAGAUUGAUGGCUGGGCGAGAGCACAUGGUGCGAAACGAAAUCGCUGUGCUAAAAAGGGUAUCCAUGGGCCAUCAAAACAUCCUCACUCUGGUCGACUACUUUGAAACCCUGAACAACCUAUAUCUCGUCACCGACCUCGCCCUCGGUGGAGAACUGUUCGAUCGGAUUUGUCGGAAAGGCUCCUACUACGAGUCCGACGCAGCAGACCUUAUUCGAGCGACCCUUUCCGCCGUCGCCUACCUGCAUGACCAUGGAAUCGUACAUCGCGACUUGAAGCCCGAGAACUUGCUUUUUCGAACCCCUGAAGAUAACGCCGAUUUACUGAUCGCAGAUUUCGGGUUGAGCAGAAUAAUGGACGAGGAGCAAUUCCAUGUGCUUACCACAACGUGCGGAACCCCAGGCUACAUGGCACCCGAGAUCUUCAAAAAGACCGGUCAUGGAAAGCCAGUGGAUAUCUGGGCUAUUGGUGUGAUCACCUACUUCCUGCUAUGCGGUUAUACACCAUUUGACCGGGAUUCCAACCUGGAGGAGAUGCAGGCGAUCCUUAUCGCAGAUUACAGUUUCACACCAAUCGAAUACUGGAGAGGUGUCAGCCUAGAAGCUCGAGAAUUUAUUAAGCGAUGUCUGACAAUCGACCCUACAAAAAGAAUGACCUCCCACGAAGCUCUCUCCCACCCAUUCGUCUCAGGCAUGCCAAGCGCACAGGGUGGCAAGACAGGAAAGGGCAGCGACUUGCUGCCUGUUGUGAAGAAGAACUUUAACGCUCGCCGGACGCUCCAUGCAGCCAUAGAUACCGUUCGAGCCAUCAACAAGCUCAGAGAGGGCCAAGCUGGAAUGAUGGACGGUAUUGUAUCGACCGAUCCAGAGCGUGGAGCUCAGCCCCUGAAGCGUGGAGGGAACGACUCCGGGGUCGGUAUGGGCCCAGGCGAUGAGAUGGAAGGGACCGAGGACUCAGCUUACAAAACCGGAACCGGAACCGGAGGACCACUUUAUACACCACCACAGAGCGGCGGGUUCGCAGAUACGAUCAUGCGUGGCGUAGAGAGGGCGUCCGGACAGGGACAGACUCGAGCCCAGAUCGAGGCCCAGACGAGAAAAAUCGCCGAGACAACGAAAGGGCUAUGGAGUUCAGGGGCGGCGAAAUUCUCAGGACGUUGA